UGCCAAAGCUGCUCGGAGACAAUGGGAAGAAAGCCGUGCCAGUGAAAGUCUGGCUGUAUCCUCUGAGUAAACUGGAUAAAAGAGCUGCCACAUUAGUUCGAGAGAUUGGUGACAAUCUGGUUUUCAAAACAGAAAGCAUCAUCCAGCAAAUGGCAGAAGUGAACAUGCAAUGCAACGAUCUGAUGAAACAUCCAGUUGCUGAGACGUUCCCAGAUGUUGAGAGAAAGAUACAUCAGUUUAGAGAAUAUUGUGAACAAUUUACACUCGGGUUUCAGAAGCAACUCACACAAACCCUGCCUUCUAUUCGAGGUGGAGAAAUGGACGAAGCAGCAUUAGCGGAAAUUUUAAAAGUAAAAGAAGAGUCACCAUUCAGAGAACUUGAUAUUACAGAAUUUUUGAGGAAGAUACUACAUGAAAUGGACUUUAUUAAGUCUCUGCUAGAGGCGCUGCCUAAAAUUCAGCUUGUUCCCACAGAGAAUAAACUGAGAGAAGCCGUAAUUAAGCCAGACAUUGAUUUCACGGUAUGUUUUAACUUUACCUCACUAAGUUCCUUUGACCCAUACUUGUUGCAUAUUCAUGACUGGCUUGACAUGAACAGAUUUACCCCUGGACGGGUCGAUGAAAAGAUGAAUGCUCCACAUUGGUUUGGAGAAUUAGGGAUGACUAGAACGGCUCGGCAAUAUGUGAAGGAGUUCUAUGCCUUUUUUUGUGCCAAUCUCAACAAUAAUCGGACCCAGUUUGUAGUUUCAUCUCUCCCGGACACAAAUAACCUUGGGAUUUCUAUUUACUUGUAUGAAGAAGGAGAGUUGAUUAACACAAAUUUCAAGCUGCCAUCUCAGCCUUAUCCUAUGGUAAUAACAAUGAAAACCCACAACACUAUUGAGCUUAGCCUCCGUCCUGCAGAAUUAGGGAGGGAAAGUAUAAAAAGUUUCAGAGUGGAGCAUAAAUGUGUGCAUGAUGAUGUCUGGCUGUCCUUAAAUGUACAGAAAACGGAAAAAAUUGAAGUAACUGGAUUAAAUCCCAACACUUCCUAUGAAUUCCGAUACGCUGCAGUGUGCAGUGCAGGGCAUAGCGUAAUGAGUGAGGUGACAGCACCUGAGAAGACCCUUCCAACAUGCCCGCCAGUAACUCCACGUGCUAUACCAGAGAUGACGUCUAUUGUAGCACUCUGGAAAACGCCAUCUAUCGUAGGAACAGGGGUUAAAAUCAAACAAUACAGAGUUCAAUAUAAAGUGAAGAAUUCAAAAACAUGGCUGGACAAAUGCACAGAAGGCAAUCUAGAGAACUGUGUUAUUGAAGGACUUAAAAAGAAGAUUGUGUAUGAAAUCUGCGUGUGCGCCAUUUGUGGCGAUGAUGGAGAAAGUGCUCCCAGCGAGGAGAUAGAAUGUGAGACGUUAGGAGAAGGGGUAUCUACAGCAGCCCAUAGACUCUUAAGACAGAGUAAAUUGCUUACACAAUGGCAACCUUCUGUAUAUAAGCUUCAGGCUGACUGCAGACGAUCUGGGUAUCCAACUUUCAGUUUGGGAAGAGAAAAUCCCGAGACACUUAAUAAGGCCAUAUUACUGAUAGGAGAAAUGGGCUCCGGGAAGACUACCCUCAUCAAUGGAAUGACCAACUAUAUCCUCGGUGUGGAUUGGAAAGAUGAAUUCAGAUUUAAACUGGUCCAUGAGGUUAUGAAUCAGUCCGAAGCUCACAGCCAAGACUCUCCAGUUACCGUCUACAAGUUAAACUAUGAAAGCGGUUAUAAAAUCCCUUAUUCUUUCACCUUGAUAGACACCCCAGGAUUUGGUGACACCCAAGGAAUGGCGCAAGACAAAAAAAUCACAGAAGCCAUCAAUGAUUUUUUAAUAAGUGACAAUGGCAUCGACCAGAUCAAUGCCGUCUGCUUUGUUGUUCAGUCUUCUUUAGCUCGACUUACUCCCACCCAAAAAUACAUUUUAGAUUUUGUGUGUUCUUUAUUAGGAAACUUGACCAGAGACAGUAUAUUUUUUCUUAUUACCUUCUGUGAUGGUGAUAGGCCUCCAGUACUAGAGGCAAUUAAAGCAGCAGAUAUUCCUUGCUCCCUGGACAGUAGGGGGGACCCCAAACACUUCAAAUUUAAUAAUUCUGCACUGUUUGCUGAGAACACUGAGAAUGAAACUAAAUUGAAUCACAAGUUUUGGGCGGUGGGUGAGGAAGCUAUGAGGGUGUUUUUCCAGUGGCUGAACACUGAGGAGGCUAAAGGUUUUAGGAUUACCAGAGAGUUGCUCAAUGAACAGAAAGGAGUAAAGGACACAUUGCAGCAUCUGCAGUCACUAAUCAAAGCUGGGCUUUCAAAAGUGGUUGAAAUAAGAACCACACAGAGAGCUCUGCAAGCAAACAUAUUUCUUCAGGCUACAAAUAAAGACUUCACAAGUGAGAUUGAGACCUAUGUAGAUGCCGUGAUGCCCAUUGAUAAUGGUGUAAUUAAUUGUUUGCAAUGUGACUUCAUUUGCCACUGCCCCUGCACAUGUAACGUCACCAGUGAAGACCUGUCCAAAUGUUCUUCAAUGGAUAAAAAGGGGAGUUGCCUAAACUGCCCAGGAAAAUGCAGCUGGCAAACUCAUUUUAUCGAAAGGCACACAUCUGAGAAGGUAAAACAAAGUGUACAACUCACCGAUGGUCAAAAAGCACAAACUUACCAUAAAUCCUGCCAGGAGAUCGAGAGACUGAGCGAGGAACUCAGUUACCUUCAAGAAAUGUUAUCCACGAUAAAAAAAGCUACUGAGGAAGUUAUACAUCAGUACUGUAGAAAUCUGGAGGAUCUGUAUGGGAUUGUGUUAGAAAACGACUUCUUUCAGUUUCCAGAUCACAUAACGCUUAUAAUACAAUCCGAGAAAGAGGCAGCCAAGCCUGGCAACCAGGCGAGGCUCCGAGCCCUCGAGCAGGUUAGAGAAACGGCACAGUCAUUGCAGAAGAUAUUCACCGAAGAUGAUACCCUGAACAAACCUUAAAUUAUUGUGGAAUGAUUCUAAUUCUAAGGAGCUAUAACACAAGAGCGCUGGUGCUUCAAGUGAAUUAAUAUUGCACGAUAUGAUGUACAAUGGUGCUUUCCCAACACCCAUAAUAGUGAUCACAAUAAACACAGCAUGCUAACAUACAAUAUCACAUACACCUUAUAAAGUGCAACUGAAUACAAAUAUACUUAUCAGUAAGCUUCAUGAAGAUUCAACAAGACAAACGGUAAUUGUUCCCAUGUGAAAGACAUUACAGAGCCGUCGCAUGGCGUGUGUCUAUGCCGGCUGUUUAAACAGCAGCUACUACAAGUUACAGCUCAAGCAUUGAGGAAGACUCAGAAGCGAGUCGAAACGCGUCUGCUUAUAUUCAUAAAGGACUGCAUGGUGAAAUACGGAUUGUAACAUUGCUCGCUGUUACAGGCUUCUGUAUUUUAUUAAUUUUAUUCACACUUUGUCACAAUAACGUUACUCCUUCCGGAUCUUGCAAAGCAAGCUGUCGAUUCUACAUAUUGUUACAAGAUCCAUGUAUUUGUGGUCUCCUUUUGCCUGGAGAGGCACCCUUGGGUCCACAUGGGAACAAUUACCAGUUGUCUUGUUGACUCCUCAUGAAGGUUGCUCAUAAUUACAUUUAUAUUCAGUUGCACCUUCUAAGGUGUAUGCGAUAUUGUGUUAGCACCCUGUGGUUUUUUUUGCUCACAAUUCUAAUUCUAAGUUGUAUAUUUUUAACAAAUGGAAGACCCAGGUCAGGUGGCAAAAAUUCUAUAUCACAUAUAUGUAAUAAUCGCUGUAAUUGUUAAUGGGCUUACUUAACCUCUUAAGGACGGAGGCAAUUGUAAAAGUUGUGACCAAAGAAAAACCUAGAGAUUGAGCCAUAAAUCUGUUCAAACAUAAUUUACCUCUUUUAUAUUAAGUGCACCCACACCUAUAUGAUUUUGUUCAGGCUUUCAAUCACAUCAAAUAUUUAUAUCUAAAACAUAAUGUAAUAUGAAUAAAAUAUAAAAAUGUUAGCAAAAUUACUAAAUGUUAUUUUCCAAGUUCUACGUGACAUUUUAACUGUGAAUGUCAUAAUACUGUUAGCUUUUACUGCAAUAAAAUACACAUAUUUGUAUUCGGCGAUGACCUACGAGUACAACAGUACCCCCGACGUACAGCUUUCAUGAUGGUGUGGAAAGUUACAGGUUCCCCAUUUCAGUUUUUGCACAUUAGAAUUUGCCUGGUUGGUUAUGUUGCCCUUGAGACAUUAUGGCAGCCCAGGAAUUAAAAUUAACCCCAUCUUGACCCCAUUUACAAAAGUAGACAAACCAGGGUAUUCAAAAUGGGGUGUAGUCUUUUCUAGUCACAAACCCUAGCCAUAAUUAGCGUUCAUAUCUGGUUUUUGCAUUCUUCACAAACAAACUGCCCUUUCACCAAUGAUAUCAUCAUCAUUAUUCAUUUUACUCCAUUAAAAAACUCAAAUUUGUGUUCAGCGAUGUCUCACGGGUACAACAGCACCCCCCAAUGUCCAGGUUUUAUGGGGUUUUGGAAAGUUUCAAGGCCAAAUAUAGGGCCCUCCCAUUUCAGUUUAGCAGAUUGGUUUGCUGGGCCUAUGUUGCCUUUUGAGACCGUAUAGUAGCCAGGAAUGAAAUUUAUCCCGAUCAUAGCAUACCAGUUGCAGAUCUAGACAACCCAGGGUACUCAAAAUGGAUUAUGUCCAGUCUUUUGUAGUAGCCACUUAGUCCUGGCCAAAGUUAGUGUUAAUAUUUUUUAUUUUUUAUUUUGCAUCUUUAACACAAAAACUAAAAUUUCAAUGAUGAUAGCGUCAUCAUUACUGUUUUGAAACUCACAGAUUUGUGUUCAGUUUCCCAUUAUACUCAGGAAGUCUCCUGAAAAUAUAAAAAUACUCCUCAAAAAGCAGGUUUGCUCGGGUCUCGGAAAGUUUCAGGGUCAAAUAUUGGGCUUGCAAAUUAAAUUCUCUGGACUUUCUGCCUGGGUUGUUAGGCAGUAGAUAAUUAAUAAAAUUAUAUAUUUAGGUAAAAAUAUACGUGUAAGAACACAAAUAUGCACGUAGAAUUAAAUAUAUAUUAUACCUACACAUACAUACACAGUGCCGACAUCCGACAUCGCUGUCCAAAAGAGAUACAGCGCAGAACACUCAGACUCCCAGGCUUCUGGUAGAGGACGUCAGAAUGAGGAAUAUACAUACCACUCAGGAGGGGUGCUGGGAAAAUAAUUUUUUAGAUAUAUUAACAUUAAAAUACAUUAAUGACAUUUAUUUCCAUGUUUGGAGGACUGCCUGACAACCCAGGCAGUCCAAGUGCAUGGAGUGAUGUUCACUGCUGAUCUGGUCAUGUGAUCAUAAUGUCAUCGCAAUCACAUGGUCCAGAUGGGCUGAAUUGGCUGCAAGGGGAUUGCUUGGGUUGUCAGGCUGCACAAGGUAAGUACCCAGGCUCCUAUUUAACGGGUUAAGGUUAUAAAUUGAUAUUUCAAAUAAAUCCCAAUAAAAUUAAAUAAACACCAAUAUUCAAAAUAUCUAUGGACGGAAAUGUUUUUAAAGGGACACUCCAGACCCCUGAAGCAGUUGCGCAUGCUGCAGUGCUUUAUGUAUGAAUUUUACAAAAAUUGCAGAUUUACACCCCCUGGCUGUCAAUCAGACACAUGGUCCGAUUACUUCCUGGUUUGGUUAGGUCAGUGGAGAUAAACUCAAGAGGCACCAAUUGCCCAGAGCACCUGCCUUGUAAAGACUUGUCAUUGGGAAGUCUGUGAUUGGACAGACACAGAAAAUAUGGGCGGGGCUAGAAGGGGAGGGCUUACAAAGGCUGAAGACCUUGCUUAUCCCCAUUUGACCGUCUAAAAGUUAGUGCCUCACUGUUAGAAUUAUAAUGACCCAGAAGCCUCUGGAAACGUCAAGGAUUACAAGCAAUCCCCAUUAAAACCAGUCUCUGAACAUAUCUGAACUUAGCAGAUGUUAUGUAUUGGGGUGUUAUGUAGUCCACCUUCCAGUAGAUGACAGCAUAGUGACGUUAUGCACUUGUUCUGUUGUGUUAGUCUCUCGUGUGUUAUGUUAUUAUGUGUGUGUGUUAUGUCAUUAUGUGUGUGUACUGAAGUAAAGAGAAGUUCUAUUUUACUACAAUGUCU